AUGAACUCCUCAGUGAAUGGUGUCAGAGAUCCAGAAAGAUUUGAGGAAUUUUUCAGCAAAAUAUUAGUAACCAUUCUUCUUGGAUUCAUCAUAAUUUGUAUCAACGGAUCAUUUGUUUUCACUUUCUUUAAAAGUUCAGUUUUCUACAACAAUCCAAGAUACGUUUUAUACAUUCAUUUGGUCAUUAAUGACAUGAUUAUGGUUGGUGUCUCUGUGACUCUCCUUGUCAUGUCAUAUACGUGGAAGAAUGUAAGCAUUUCAUUCUGUUGUAUAUUAGUAAUGAUAGCUUCAGCCACUCAGAAGAACACUCCACUGAUCUUGGCUGCUAUGGCAAUAGAACGUUACAUUGCCAUCUGUAAACCUUUGCAUCAUUCUCAGAUCUGUACAUUGCACAGAACUUUUAUUCUUAAUGUUUUGAUAUGUGGAGUUGGACUUAUUCCUCCACUGACAGACCUGAUUAUUUCAGCCAUACUAUUUCCUUUGUUCAUUUUUAACACUGUUACUGUCUGCUCUUCAUCAUUUUUGUACAAUACCAUUUACCAUGAUCAAAGGAAACAAGCUACACAGGCAAUAUACACAUCCUUUGUGUGGCUUGUUCUUGUUUACACUUAUUGUAGGGUGCUCGUUGCAGCAAGAAGGAUGUCAAGUGACAAGGAAUCUACAAAAAAAGCAAAGAGCACAAUCCUAUUGCAUGGAGUACAGCAAUUGCUCUGUAUGUUGUCCUAUACACCUCCUAUGCUGGACUUGAUUUUUGUUCGUAUUAUGCCUACUCAAUGGGCAAAGAUCAGUUUUUAUGCUUACUUAAUAACAAACAUUGUACCACGCCUGCUCAGUCCACUAAUUUAUGGUAUUCGAGAUCAGACAUUUGUUAAACACCUGAAUAAAAAUUUCUCUUGCAAAGUAUUAAUUGUAAAAGUAGAAUCAGACAAAAACAUACUCAUGAAAUAA